GCUGCCGAUCGCCGAUGCAGAGCACGCUUGCGUUGAAGUUUGAUGAUAUCGUAGAUUUCUAGGUUUCUUUAGGUAUAUUUUACAUAAGUUUUACGAGUAUAAAGAAAAAAUGCGUCGUAAAAGUGAGCGUACCGCAAGCAAGAAAGCGAAACCAUCCCCUGAAAAGAAAAUAGAAAAAGUAAAACGCACGAGAUCACGCCGAAGUCGUAAACAAUCUACAUCUUCUGACAAUGAAUCAGCUGAAGAGACCGUUACUGAAGUGCUAGAAACCGUUUCCGAAGAAGAUAAGAAACUACCGCAGACGCCAAAGAAGGCCGACAGUCCUGAUGAGUCGCAGGACCAAGUAUGGCAAGUGAAAACGGCUGAGAGCUCUGGUGAAAACACUGGAGAGAUUCAAAAGCUGAAAAUAUGUUUGACGCGUCCUCCUUCGACUCCAGAACGGGUCGAUAGGUCACCGCGCAGUAAACGAAAACAUUCCCGCGCUACCAGUUCCAGUGAUACACCCAGUGUUGAAGGAGCAGAAGACCGAAAAAAGAAGCACCGCUCUAAGCGUACCACUCGAGAGUCAAAGGAUGAAGAUGAUAAAAAGCAUGAUAGCCAAGAAGAACCUGACACAGAUAUUGAAAAAACUACAAAUAUUGACAAUGAAAUCACUCAAAGCGGCGACAACGCAUCUAAAACAGAAGAAUUACCGAUGUCUACAACAAAUGACGAUAGUAAAUCACAUGAAGAUAAAGCAGAAGAUGUAGAGAGAAAAGAUUCAUCUGUGGAAGAAAUCAAAGAGAAUAACCAAACUAAGUCAUCUGAUGCUGAUACAACUGUUGUUUCUCCAAGAGAUGAAUCAGUAACAGUUUCACAGACCAGUGACUCAGUGGCUGAGCCAGCUCAGGAUGAAAUAGCAGUUGUUUCAUCAAAGGAUGAAACCAACCAGGCUGAUGUGAAAAUAUUGACUUGCACAAGUCCCAAUAAGGAGAGUCCAAAACGACAGAGGAGUGAAUCUAUAGAUAAAUCAGAAGUGCUAGAAAUACAUGUGGAAGAAGAUACCAAGAUAGAAUCUGACAACGACACCAGUAAGAAGGAAUCUGAAGUGAAGGCAUCGGACAGUAAGGUAAGUAAACUUGAAGGGAAGAUAGUCAAUGUCUCAAAUGAAACAGGGACUAUUAAUAAAACUGAUGUUGUAGAGAACUCACAUAAAUCAGGAGAAAAGGUAAAUGAAAAUGAUCCAGACCAAAACAGUAGUGUAGAAAAGCAGAAAGAGUACAACCAUUCAGAAUCUACACAAUCCAACCAAGAGGAGUCUCAUAAUGGACCAUCUGCACCUAUCGUUAUAAGUCGAAAGCGAAGAUGGGGAUCUCGCCCUGCAAAAGUAACAAGCCAAAAAUCCAUAACAAUUUCUACUGAUAUUUUAAAAGAAAUCAUUCCAGAUGUAAAGCCAGUAGAAUUUGAGGAAGUAAUUGAAGAGAAGGAGAAAAAACACAAAAGAGUUGAAGUUGAUAAAGUGCAAAGGCCUAUUUUGCCUAAAAUAGUGAUAGAUAAUACAGAAAAUGUUGAACAACUCAGAAGGGAGAAAGAUUUAGAAGACAAUGAGAAGGAAAGUGGGAAAUCAAGAGAGUCCCAUUUAGCUGCAAACAGGAAGAUAUCUAUAGUUAAGGACAGCGACAGCAUUAUAACGAGGCCACCAAGCCCACCCAGGCAAAAGCAGUCAUGUAUCCUGUUUAUCAGUAAUUUGGUGAGGCCCUUUACACUGCCUCAGUUGAAGAAUCUGUUACAGAGAACUGGCAGGAUUGAAGAGAAUGGAUUCUGGAUAGAUAGGAUUAAGUCAAAAUGUUUCGUCAAAUAUGUUUCAGAAGAUCAAGCUGUGGAAACCAGACAUGCACUACAUGGUGUUACCUGGCCUGUUUCAAAUCCUAAAACAUUGCAAGUGGACUUCUCAACUCAAGAGGCAUUUGACAAAGCUAAGUUGAAUGAAGAGUCUGACAAUGCUCAGGUGUCUACAAUACCCGGGACUGUGGAGGACUGGCUUCGGGAGCAGGACUUGAAGCGUGAACGAGGGGAAUUGGAGAAGCCAUGGGAAAGAAAGGCAGCAAUGCGAGAGUGGGAUCUCGGCAAGGGGGACAAGGAAAGGGAGAAAGAUAAAAUAAGACGAGAUGAUGAGCGUAGGCCACUGGAGAAGAGACGCCACAGAACUCCGGAAAGAAGCCCAGAACCAGCACGUAAAUUCAAGAAGAAAGAAGAUGAAGCCCCUGCAAAAUUGCUUGAUGACUUAUUCAGAAAGACUAAAACCACUCCUUGCAUAUAUUGGUUGCCUCUUUCAGCUGAAACGAUAGCAAUAAAAGAGGAGCAGCGUCGCCAGCACAUGGCCGAGCACGAGCGGCGCCUGCAGGAGCUGCGCCGCACGCAUCGCCGCCACUAUGGAGCACUGGAUCUGGCCGCCGUACGGUGGUCUUCCAAAAUGGUACGAAGUGUGUUGUUGGUGUUGAGCGUGGCGCUGGCCGCUGCGUCGGCGCAGAAUCCGUUCACAUUGGAGGAAUUUGUUGGUGGCGUGUUUGCACAGUCAGGUUUCAAUGGCGUUUGGAUUUCUGAUACUGAGUUCACUUAUACGAUCCCAGGAGAAACAGGAAUAUACAUUUUUGAUGUGGAACAAUUGAACAGCACCGUACUCGUUUCUGGGGAAUUAAUGGCCCAGUUAAACACCAGCAACCCCAUCCUAUCUGCAGACAGGCAAUACAUAUUGGCUCCUAGUGAAGUGCAGUCUGUUUAUCGCUAUUCCACAACGGGUCGAUAUUCUCUAUACGGGAUUCAAAAUGACACCACGACUCUGAUAGCGGACCACCAGCGCUUGCAGCUAUGUAUCUUCGGCGGAGGCCAUUCACUUGCAUACGUACUAAACAAUAAUGUUUAUUAUUUACCCGAGAACUAUUUGCAACCAAUACAGCUGACGUACGAUGGGGUUGAAGGCGUCAUAUAUAAUGGACAUACCGACUGGGUCUAUGAAGAGGACGUGAUGUACACCGGCCAAGCCACGUGGUUUUCCACCGGAGGCACCUACCUGGCGUUCGCCAGUUUCAACGACACGCUAGUGGAGAGUUACUCCUACUACUAUUACGUGGACAAGACCGACCCUGAUGACCCUUACCCAGAGCUUUUUGACCUUAAAUAUCCGAAGGUCGGCCGUACAAACCCGACAGUGACACUCCGAUUGGUGAACCUGAACUCAUUGGUGCAAGACAACAACACCUCGUUUGUGACCAUGCAGCCACCAGACAUCGUCACCGAAGACCACAUUCUAGGCGGCGUUAGAUGGAUAAGCGACGAAGAGAUUGCCAUACACUGGCUUAACAGGAGACAGAACUAUACUGUGCUGCAGAUUUGUAAUGUCACUAAUAUGAAUUGCGAGGAAGAGCACCGCGACCAACCCAAUGGUUGGGUGCCCAUCGCAUUGCCCCAGUUCAGCAGCGACGGCUCCUUCUACGUCUCCACCAGGUGGUCUCUGCCCCAGGCCGAUGAUAGGAUCUGGCAGCAUUUGUAUUUGACUGUGCGGAUCAACGGCCAAAUGGAAUCUAGCUCCAUUACACCUGGCGCGUCUACUGUCAAUAAUUAUGUCGGGAUGAACGAAAAUGGACCUUAUUUCUUUUACACGCGUACCCUGCCUGGGCAGCAAUGGCGUUCCCAGGUCCAAAUGGCGGGCCCCAACGACGUGUGCAUCAGUUGUGAUAUAGUAAUGCCUGAGGGGGGACAGUGUACCUGGGCCACGGCUACAGCCAGUCGCGGCGGAAGGUUCCUAUCCAUUACGUGUUCGUCUAACACCGAGCCAUCUGCUACCUUUCUUGUGGAGCCUUUGAGCCAAACAGUACUCUAUACCUGGAACAACAACACCUUAGUUCGUGAGCGUCUUCAGGAUAAGAUCCGUCCAAUCAGUGAAAUAUUCACCGUGCCUUUAGAGAACGGCAUUGAAGCGCCUGUCAGACUGCACUUCCCGCCUGGAAUCGAUCUUAAUGAUAACUCGACUACGUAUCCUAUGGUGUAUUACGUGUAUUCCGGCCCUAAUACUAACACGGUGUUCGAUACCUUUACUGUUGGCUACCACUCGUACUUGGCCACGAGUCGCAAUGUGAUCUACAUGCUGGCCGACGGCAGGGGCUCCGGUCUCAACGGACAAGAGAUGCUCUACUCAUUGAACAACGCCCUGGGCACAGUGGAGGUUGAAGAUCACUUGGUCAUACUAAGGCAAGUUUUGGACCGUUACCCAGUGAUAGACCGAUCACGGGUCGGCAUCUGGGGACACAGCUACGGCGGGUACGCGACCUUGCUCACUCUCAUCAAGGACCAAGAUCACCUGUUCCGAUGCGGCAUUGCAAGCGCGCUGGUCACCUCCUGGCUAUACUACAACACAAUGUACACCGAACGUUACAUGGGCCUUCCCACGGAGGAAGACAACCUGCGGGGCUACGAGGCCGGUGACGUCACACUCCUGGCCGAAGACCUGAGGGGUCACGACUUCUUCGUGCUGCACGGGAACGCGGACGACAACGUGCACUAUCAGAAUGCCGCGAAGUUGUACACGGAGCUGCAGCGUCUGAAUAUACCGUUCGAGCAAAUGUCGUAUCCUGACGAAGCCCAUGGUCUCGCUGGAGUACCCAUGCAUCGAUAUAACGCCAUGAAUCGUUAUUGGGAGAAAUGCUUGGAUAUAGAUAGUGAAAUUAGGUAGUUGUGCAAAAAAGUUUGCAUGACCUGAAAGGUCAAAUAAAUGUAAAUUGUUUUUGUGAAUGUAUGUUUAACGAUUAUGCAUAUUUAUUGUCUUGUUUCUAUAGAACCAAUAUUUCUGUAUACAUAAUAAAAUAGUUUACGAUA